GGUCGAAACCAACCUUAAUUAACAGGAGAAAUCGAAGCUGUGGUGAUAGAACAUGGAGGACAGACAAAGGCACUUCGUGUUAGUCCAUGGAGCCUGCCAUGGAGCAUGGAGUUGGUAUAAGGUGGCGACUCUGCUAAAAUCAGCCAAUCACAAAGUUACAGCUUUGGACUUGGCUGCUUCAGGAGUUCACCCAAAGCAGUUAACUGAUCUUCAUUCAUUCUCGGACUAUUAUGAGCCGUUGAUGGAAUUCAUGAAGUCUCUGCCACCAGAAGAGAGGGUGAUUUUAGUAGGUCACAGCAUGGGUGGGCUCAGUAUAUCUGCUGCGAUGGAAAGGUUUCCUGAGAAAAUUUCUGCAGCAGUCUUUGCUACAGCUUUUAUGCCAGGCCCUGACUUCAGUUACAACUCUAUUCGAGAAGAGGUUGAUAGACAACUGGAUUCAUUCAUGGACACACAAUUUACUUUUGCUAACGGACAAAACAACCCUCCAACCUCCAUGUUGUUUGGACCUGACAUCUUGUCAACCAGGCUGUACCAGCUCUCCCCAUCUGAGGAUCUGAUUCUGGCUACAUUGACGAUGAGACCUUUCCCUCUGCAUGAUGAUGGUUCACAAAAUCUAAUGCUCACAAAAGAUAAAUAUGGAUCUGUUACUCGAAUUUACGUUGUGUGUGGCCAAGAUAAGAUAAUAAACGAGGAUGUUCAGAGGUGGAUGAUCCAAAACAAUCCAACUGAUGAGGUUAAGAUUAUUGCUGAUUCUGAUCACAUGGUCAUGUUUUCCAAAUCACAGGAGCUUUGCUCUUGCCUCCUGGAAAUUGCAAGGAAAUACCUGUGAAUUCAAAAACUUGCUUAUUGUGGUAACUUCCGCUGGCUUGUUGAUGCAGAAUGAGAAUAGAAUAAAGCAUGGAAGCAGAAUGAGAAAAGAAUAAAGCAUGGAAAUGUAGUAACUUAGAACAUCUUUUAAUAAUAUUAUCAAUUAUUGCUCA